AUGUCAGAUACCAAUGCUACCCACUGCGACUUUGCCGCGAUUAUGUCUAUUGACAAGGCCCCGGCUGUGACACAGGCUGUUUCUCUUUUACAAUUUACUAUGUUCUCUGAUGGCCCGGAGUAUACAUUCCUCGGGGACUUGGUGAUCCCGGAGGAGAUGUCAUACACGGUGACCUACUAUAAUGAGUUCGGGUUACCCUAUGUCCCCCAGCAAGUGGUUAUAGUCGACGGCCAACUUAGCGCUCAAGAAAAUGCUGCUGGGUUUCCUACCUUGCAAGUCCGUGCUGAUAUAAUGGCACCAUUCCCGGGAAGCGUUGAGUCAGAUACAUACCUAGAUACUCUGCCUCCUGCCUACAAUCCGCGCCUGUCAGUAGUGGGUAUGGUAGUGGGCCAUCACACUGACUCUGCUGGCCAGCGUAUGUUUAUUCUGAAGGUAAUGUCCUAUGCGGGCCGUGAAAAUGGGACAUCAAUCUAUAAUACCUUCCAUAUUGCCUGUGCUAUUCCCGGAACUCCGCGCUGGGCUCGCACUCGCCUUCCUACUGUUGGGCGCUUUAUCCAGGUAUCGUGUCGUUUUAUAGGCUUUUAUCCCUGGGAGGAUCGCCAUAUUAUCUGUGGAAGUCUUCUAAAUAUUUCAUAUCUUCCGUCAUCCCGGGAUACUGCCCCAGCUGCUACUGCCCCAUCUACCCCAAACGGCCGUCGACGUCUCCGUGUGAUGGGGGGAAGUGGUUUACAGAACUCCCCUUCCCGGCGCGUCCAGCUUAAUCUUUCUACCCCUGUAUCUUCUCAAGCAAGUGAUUCAGCGGAUAUUCCUAUUAUAGACACUUUGGCACCAUCUUCAGCUCCCACAAGCUCAGGAACUGCAGCUUCCACAUCCAUAUCCUCCACCCCUGUAUCAUCUACAGGUCCAUCUUCUAUCGCGAUAGGCAAGCGACCUGCUGAAAAUCCCCUAUCUGAUGGUAAGCAUAAGAGGAAGAAGAACAAGAAGAAUACCAAUGUCUUUACUCCUAAGAGUGACCGUGCAUCCUCGCCUGACUGGCCUUCUCAACUCCAAGACAACGAUGAUCUCUGA